GUCCGUCAGGCGGAUCCUCGCUCAUGGAGGAUGUUGAUGUGCAAACUUUCCUCACUCUUAUCACUAAACCUGCUGCAUUAAUCAACCUCUGUUUCGCAGGUUGCCAGAUCCUCUGGCAUGUAAUCCUCCUGAUUAAUUGACAUGUUUUGGUAAAAUGGCUGCUGAGCUGUUUCCUGCCAGAAAACUGUCCACUGUUCAACAGUACCAGCAGCAGAACCUCAGCAACAACAACAACACCGUCCAGGGAUGUAACUGGCAAGGCUUGUAUCCCUCCAUCAGAGAGAGAAACGCAGUCAUGUUCAACAACGAGCUGAUGGCUGAUAUUCAUUUUGUGGUGGGACCUCCCGGAGGAACCCAGAGAGUCCCGGGACACAAGUACGUCCUGGCUGUGGGCAGUUCGGUAUUUCAUGCCAUGUUCUACGGAGAGCUGGCUGAAGAUAAGGACGAGAUCCGGAUCCCUGAUGUGGAGCCUGCAUCAUUCCUCGCCAUGCUCAAGUAUAUCUACUGUGAUGAGAUAGACCUGUGUGCCGACAGCGUCCUCGCCACGCUGUACGCUGCCAAGAAGUACAUCGUACCUCACUUGGCCCGCGCUUGCGUCAACUUCCUGGAGACCAGCCUGAGUGCGCGAAACGCCUGCGUCCUGCUCUCUCAGAGCUGUCUGUUCGAGGAGCCCGACCUCACGCAGCGCUGCUGGGAGGUGAUCGACGCGCAGGCCGAGCUCGCGCUCCGCUCCGAGGGAUUCUGCGACAUCGACGCUCAGACUCUGGAGAGCAUCCUGCGGCGCGAGACGCUCAACGCCAAAGAGAUGGUGGUGCUGGAGGCGGCGUUGAGCUGGGCCGAAGCAGAGUGUCAACGACAGGAGCUCCAGCCCACCAUCGAGAACAAACGGCUUGUUUUGGGAAAGAACAUCUACCUGAUACGGAUCCCGGCGAUGGCGCUUGAUGAUUUCGCCAACGGUGUUGCGCAGUCCGGCGUGCUGACGCUCAACGAAACCAACGAUAUCUUCCUGUGGUACACAGCGGCCAAGAAACCGGAGCUCAAGUUCGUCUGCAAGCCACGUAAAGGGUUAACGCCGCAGUGGUGCCACCGCUUUCAGUCCUGCGCGUACCGCAGCAAUCAGUGGCGAUACCGCGGCCGCUGCGACAGCAUCCAGUUCGCCGUGGACAAGCGCGUCUUCAUCGCCGGGUUCGGGCUGUACGGCUCCAGCUGCGGCUCGGCCGAGUACCAGGCCAAGAUCGAGCUGAAGCGCCAAGGCAGCGUGACGCUCGGCGUCGCCAUCAUCAACUACUUCUCCGACGGCUCCAGCAAAACCUUCCCCGUCUUCUUCGAGCACCCGGUGCAGAUCGAACCCGACACCUUCUACACGGCCAGCGUGGUUCUGGACGGGAACGAGUUGAGCUAUUUUGGCCAGGAGGGCAUGACGGAGGUCCAGUGCGGGAAGGUGACCUUCCAGUUCCAGUGCUCCUCGGACAGCACCAACGGGACGGGUGUGCAGGGGGGGCAGAUCCCUGAACUCAUAUUUUAUGCUUGAGAGAGCGUCCCGUUCACCACUGAUUAAUCAGAACCCAAUCUUCCUGUUCCUUAAUGAAGUGCUGCUCAGAUUUUGCACAAAGGCUGCAAAAAAGAUUAUUAGAGAUUACUGACAAUCCUUAGAGACUAUAUUAAUGUUGGUGCACCUGAAAAUGAAGUUCGGUUAUACUCAGCCUCAUUGUCUUCCAAACCAAUAUGCCUUCUGUGCAACGUCAAAUUUCAGACUCAGAAUUCUUAAAGUGGUCGAUUAAACUUGAAAGCUGUAAUUUACACCAUGAAAUACACUUUACUGUGCUAAAGUUAAUACUUUUAUUCAGAGAGAACCAAUUAAAUUGAUUAAAAGUGACUGUAAAGACAUUUAUGAUGUCUCUAAAGUUUUCUAUUUCAAAUAAAUGCUGUUCUUUUGAACUUUCUGUUCAUCAAAGAAUCCAGUUUAAUAAGCAAUAAUUAAUGACAAUAAGCAGCACAGCUGUUUUCAACAUUGAUAAUAAUCAGAAAUGUGUCUUGAGCAGCAAAUCAUCAUAUUAGAGUGAUUUCUGAAGCAUCAUUAGACAGUAUUGAUGCAGAAAAAGUUAACCAACCGCAAACUUUUUUGUUAUUAUUGAUUAGUUGAGGCUCUCAAGUCUCAUUUUCCAGUUGCACAUAUUCAAAACUUGUGGUUUCAAGACACUUCUGCCAUGUUUGAUGUUCUAAUUAAUAAUGACAUAAAUUUCCACACGACUUCGGCUCACUUGGACAAUGGUGCAAGGGUGAAUUAGAUGACAUGAGGUUGAGUAAAGGAACUCAUCUUCAUUUUUGUGUGAUGUAUAUAUUGUUAAGCGCAGAGAUUAUGAUUCACUUAUUUAGCUGGAUAGACCUUUCUUGAAAAUGAAACUAAUACUAAAGAUAAAAGUGCAACUUAAAAGCUUCAGCACAAAUAACAUCUGCCUCACGUAAAUCCUUGUGAAGCGUUGGUGUCCUGUCGGGUUAAAGGUCACGUGAGGUUCACGUUUCCUCCCGACUGACACUUAUUGAGCUAAAUAACAGCAGACGGGUUUUGAGGAAGAUGAUUUGUGAAGCCACACACUUGAUUUAAUCUACAGAAUCAUAUUUUAUUGCCUUGUGUGUCGUAUCGUAACGAAACUGUAUUUUGCUGAACUCUAAAGUAUUUGUAUACUUUUUUUACUCAAAGCGUGAAGCACAAUUUGUCCUGAAGCGUUUCAGUAAAACUUAUUUUCUCUACUCACCAUCCAUGUAAUCCUAUAUUUUGUAACAUUUUGGUGCGACACAACAUUGUAUGUGAGUGGGGUGAAGUCAAGAGGGGUUUUACAAAGACUUUGAGAGGAAAGAUGAGGAGAGGGAGCUAUUGCUUCAAAGUUUAGAGGUUUGGGGCAAAACUCAAGGAGUUCGGUCACUUUUCAUAACAACCAGACUUGGGAAUUUUGCUAUAAAGUGUAUCUUCAUAGAUGACGAAGGAGGGACCUGAGCCACAUAAAGAGCAGAAUAUCAUAGAAAUUUGGGUUGUUUACUGAAGCAAGUAAGAAACCAACGCCCUGUCAAUCCAUAACAGUUUAGCAGCAUGACGGCAAUGUCGAGCACCGUUUGCAUUUGCUUCAGAAACUGAACAAAUGAUACUGUGGUGAUAACCUGAAACACAACACAGCACCCGAGCUCUUUCAGUCGAUGUCAAACCUUAAAUGCACUAUUUCUCGUAAAGUAGCUGUUUUUUGUAACACUGUGGCACAAUCUAGUAUCAUUUCAUUCCGUUGGUUUUACUUCUGAAAUGCUUGUGAUCUGGAGUUCCUGUUGUUGACAUUACUCGGCUAAAAUCUGUUAUUUGUGCCUUUUCUGGAUUGGGUUUACUGACUUUUACACUUUGUUCCUGGACCAUGAAUUGAGAUGUCUUUACAUGCUCUGAGCACUGCUCAUAUUCACUGGAACUGGAAGAGGUUUCAUUCAUUCGUUGUUUUACAGUUGUAUUUGAAAGUGCCAACAGACUUGAAUGUGUGAGCUGCGUUUGUGUCAACAUGAAUAAAGAUUACAUUAACUCCA